CAUCGUCUAAUUACAGUUGCAACAAAUUAAAAUUUUCGACAUAUUCUAGUUUCGCGAGGCAAUAAAAUUUUUUGUCAAGUGUUACAUUGUAUUUUGUCUCGACCAGUGAUUUCCCCAUAACCGUCAACGUGUUACAGUCGUCCAUCAUUGAUUCGCGAAUUCAAUUGUUUUUAAUAUUAUCAGUGAAGCCUUUUGUUUAAUAACUGUUGUCUGAUCGUAGUAGUGAUUCAGUUGUUGGUCAAAAGAAAUUAGCCAAAACAGUUUUUCUUCACAUGUGCACACAUUCACCACAAAAAUGGUGAAGAUUAUGAAACCUGGGAAAGUCGUGCUGGUCCUCAGUGGCCGGUACGCAGGAAGAAAAGCUAUUGUUAUGAAAAAUUAUGACGAUGGCACUACUGACAAACAAUACGGGCAUGCUCUGGUAGCUGGUAUUGACCGAUAUCCCCGCAAAGUCCACAAGAGGAUGGGAAAAGCAAAAAUUCACAAGCGCUCAAAGAUAAAGCCCUUCGUGAAGAUUCUAAACUACAACCACUUGAUGCCAACGAGAUACACAGUUGAUUUACAGUUGGAAAAAUCUGCGCCAAAAGAUUUGAAAGAUCCCAUGAAAAGGAAAAAGAUCAGGUUUCAAACUAGAGUGAAAUUUGAAGAGAGGUACAAAUCAGGCAAAAACAAAUGGUUUUUCCAGAAGCUUCGAUUCUAAUUUUCUUAUUAAAUAAAAAUCAAUUUUAAAAAUUUA